AUGGCUCUGGCCACGCACACUGUUGUCCAUCAAGAGGUCUGUAAAUUGAUAUUACCCAUGGCCCUUGGAAACCCCGCCCUCCUUCAUGCCACUCUAGCGUUGGCCGCUAUUCAUCGGAAUUCAUUGACCUCUAUCCCACAAGACGACAUGAAUGAAGGCGCUCAAAAACUAGUCAGCCACCUGACAACUAAGAGCAUUCGCUAUUUGCGUCAGGAGCUCCACAACCCAAGAUCAAGCCCAUUGAGCGCCAAAGUUGCCACAACUCGAACACUCUUCCUCUGCGAAGCCAUCUCUGGAUCUCCAUGUCUCCGGGCCUGGCGAGCUCAUUUCCUGGGCGCACGAGCUUUGCUGUCGUCUCAUGAGAUAUCCUCUGACAAUUUCCAAGGGGUUGGACAGGAUUCAUCACUUCCGUUCUUGCAGCGGUGGUAUAAUAUCACCGAAGCUCUUGUUGCUAUCACAGCUGAGGGGUUGUCAGCAGGUCAGAUUGCUUGUGGUGGUCCACGAUCUCUCAUUGGUGAAGCCGAGGAGGCAAGUGUCUCUAUUGACAUGUACACCGGCUGUGCGGAAGAUAUUUCUCAGGUGUUCCGCGAGAUCGGAGCGGUGGCUUGGGAGAGACGGCGUGCAGUCGAUGAUCCUGGCCAACACCCAAGGCUUUCGGAACAGGAUUUCCUACGUGAAGCCGAUCUCUUGGAGAGGUCAGUCCGAAGGAUGAUCGAGCGCGACAAGACCCGGACCAAGGUAUUCAACAUUCCGGGCGCUCGUGAUCUCUCUGUAGAGGAGUCCCAGGAAUUCUUGCUUUGUAACGAAGCUUACCAGCACACUGCGCUCAUUCACAUCCAUCGACGGAUUCGCCGGCUUCCUCCCAGUGCUAUGGCCGUACAAAUAUCCGUCCGCAGGAUCAUCGAAUGUGUCGAGAGUAUUAGACCGGCUGCAACCUUGUCACCCCUAACCCUACUGACUACACCUCUGUUCACCGCGGGUUGCGAGUCUAUAGGUGCUGAGCGUGAAAGGAUUGCGCAGCUGUUGACCAAUAUGUUCGCUCUUUUACGUCUGCCAAACAUGAAGCGUGCGCUGCAGGUACUCGAAGCCUUUUGGCGUGCAUCGGAAGCUUCUGGGGUUGAUUGGGAGGACUUCUCGCGUGAGUUACAUGUGCCAUACAGCAAAGCUCAGGCUGACGAGAAUAUAGGUCAACGGAAUUGGGAUUUCUUGCCAUAUUGA